UCUCGCUUUCUCCCACACCCCGCCCGCCUGCCCGGCUGGAGAGCUAAAAUAAUAAAAUGCUGAGCUCACAGACUUCUCCGCCUGCCUCUCCCGUUGCCCUGCCCGCCGGGUUCAUACUGCUUGGGGAAGUCGGCAGCCUCCACAGACCACCAAAGUUUCAGGUUCUCGUUCCUGCGUUGUGAGACGGGGCGUUGCCGCCUUCUGACAAACUGCUGCCAACAUGACCACAUCAUAUCAGAAGGAGUUGGAGAAGUAUCGGGAUAUCGAUGAAGACAAGAUCUUGAAGGAACUUUCCCCGGAAGAGCUAGCCCAGUUGGAUCUGGAGCUGCAGGAAAUGGAUCCUGAAAACAUCUUGCUCCCAGCUGGGCUUCGCCAGCGAGACCAGACCAAGAAGAGCCCUACGGGGCCACUGGAUCGAGAUGCCCUCAUGCAACACCUGGAGAAGCAGGCGCUGGAGGCGAAGGAGCGGGAGGACCUGGUGCCCUUCACGGGCGAGAAGAAAGGAAAACCCUUCAUUCCAAAGAACCCCAAGCGAGAGAUCCCGAAAGAAGAACAGAUCACCCUGGAACCUGAAUUGGAAGAAGCCUUAGCGAACGCCUCAGAUGCAGAGAUGUGUGACAUCGCUGCCAUCCUGGGCAUGUAUACUCUGAUGAGCAACAAACAGUACUACGAUGCUAUCUGCAGUGGCAACAUCACCAACACGGAAGGAAUAAACAGUGUCGUACAGCCAGAUAAAUACAAGCCAGUCCCGGAUGAGCCCCCCAACCCGACCGAUGUGGACGAGACGUUGAAGAAAAUACAGAAUAACGACAAAGAUCUAGAAGAAGUUAACCUUAAUAAUAUUAAGGACAUUCCCAUUCAGACACUGAAAGGAAUUUGUGAUGCCAUGAAAACCAACACUCAAGUGAAGAACCUCAGCCUGGUGGCCACCCGGAGCAAUGACCCCGUGGCAAAUGCCGUGGCUGAGAUGUUGAAGGAGAAUAAGACGCUCCAGAUCCUCAAUAUCGAAUCCAACUUCAUCACCAGCGCUGGGAUGAUGGAAGUAAUUAAAGCCAUGAAGCACAACACCACACUUUCUGAGCUCAAGGUGGACAACCAGUGUCAACGACUGGGGGACUCCGUGGAGAUGGAGAUGGCCGCCAUGUUGGAAAACUGCCCUUCCAUCAUCCGAUUCGGCUAUCACUUCACACAGCAAGGACCAAGGGCCAGGGCGUCCUUCGCUAUAACCAAGAACAAUGAAUUGCGUCGCAAGCAGAAGAAAACAUAAUGACUUGCUCCGUGCUGGCAUCUCCCUGCCCUCAGCCUCUCCCCUGUGCCUAAAAUUUAGCUCCGGAGCUGGGGCCUUCUCCGAAGGUCACAGCUUGUAAGCAGACAGGAUGGUUUUUUUUUAAAAGAAAGAUUUCUUGGAGAAAGUGGCUUUUUCUCCUGCCCACCCCAAAACCCCGCCUUGCUGUUGGAAACUCAGGUUCUUUCUUCCUUGGAGUCGUAGUACCACGUCUUAGACUUUGAUUACCUCUGUAAAUAAAGAGAUCUCAGACCGA